UUUCAAUUAGUACCGGUGUGAUGUUCAUGAAAAAAAAUGGUGUGAAAAUACGGAGGAAGACUGAGGGCAAAAAAAAAUUUGGAAAUUUUGGAAACUAAUUUUGUGAAUUACUAGUAAGACUUAUAGUUGGGCUCAAAAUAAUAAUAAUAAUAAGGAAUAAGAGAAAUUAGGGCCCAAUACAUGAUAUGGCCCAAGCCUUGAAAAUUUAGUUCAUUAAUUAUAUUGGCCCAUCAUCUAUUUAGUAUAUGUGUCUCUAGAAGUUUCAAGACUUCCAAAGAGAGCUAAGUCAUCUUCCAAGAGAAGAAGAGACCGAUACUAGAGGAAGAAAAGGGAAAAAAUUUCAAGUUUUUCAACUUUGAUCCAAAAAUCUUGUCUUCUUGAAUUCUUGUCAAGUUCGAGGCCCUCUUCAACGUGGUAUAAUUAAUUGAGCGAGAAAAUUUCAUUUGUGGCAAGUCGAAAAUUGAAGAAAAGAUUUUGGAAGAAACGGGAUUUGAAUUUGAGUGAGCGUAAGAAGCGGAUAAGGUAUAGAUGUUCUGGAUCCAUCGGCGUAGGCUGCAUACCUUCUUCUACUACAGAGUGCUCUAUUGACUCGGAGCCGCAUUUUGAGCCUCUGGACGCCUCUAUGUAGCUUGGCAUGCUUGCUUGACGAAACCAUAUUCUCCUUUGGUUAAAAGCCGAUCCUAGGUCCUCAUCCCUCAACUCUAUCUAACUCGAUACGUUGGGCAUCAUCCUUGGUCUCCUUACCAAAUAUUCUGGUUCUAUCCACUCCCGAAAUAGACUCUAAAGUUUCUUGAAACACACACAAAUUAAUUUUUCAAAAUGGUUGUAACUACUAAGAUUUUUAUUUAUCCCGACACAACUCCUGAAAUCACUGGAAUGCACACUAAAAAUACAUUUAAAACAACUAAGUAAUUUCCAAAGUUGCUGGUACAUCAAAUGUAACACCCAAAUUUUUUUUAAGAAAAAAAAUAUUUUUUAUUUUGUUACUUUUUCGGGUGAUCUGACUUCGGGAGGCCAUAAACCGAUCAGAAUUUGGAAAUUUGGGAAAACUCCUCAAUUGAGAGUUGUAGAUAAUUGAAAUACCUUUCCAACAUAGGUCAUGUGCUUAUAUAUGACAUUGGAAUAAAAAGUUAUGGACAUUAUAAGGCAGAAGGGUCAACAUGGACAGAAAAUUCGGCCCAACCCGAUUCCAAGUCGAGUCAGGCCCAUAUUUCUUACCAUGUAAGGGGUAAUUUCAGCCUUAUUUCUUCUAUUUCAUACCAGAACAUCAUAUCGAGAGAGAGAGAGAACUUCUAGGCUAAGAAGUCAUUUUUGACCCAAAUCCGAGUUCUAAAUUCCAAAGCUCGUGAAGAGAAAGGCGUUGCACGUUGCAUUGUCUUCACUUUGAGCUCAAAAUCAGCGAAGGAGUGUAUUGAUGUGGUUGCUUUACACUGAAGGUGGGAUAGUAGCUCUGGGGAAGUUUGAUGCACUCCAUAUUGGUCACCGCGAGCUUGCAAUUCAAGCAGCAAAGAGAGGAAUUCCGUUUCUUCUUUCAUUUGUUGGAAUGGCGGAAGUACUUGGAUGGGAACCGAGGGCUCCCAUUGUUGCUGAAUGUGAUCGCAAAAGGAUUCUUUCGUCUUGGGCUCCUUAUUGCGGUAAUGUAAUGCCAAGGGAACUCCAGAUAGAUUUUUCAAAAGUUCGAUAUCUUACGCCUUGUCAAUUUGUGGAGAAGCUGUCCAAAGAGCUGGGAGUACGAGGAGUUGUUGCUGGCGAGAACUAUCGUUUUGGAUAUAGAGCUGCUGGUGAUGCAUCGGACCUUGUGAAGCUCUGUGAAGAGUAUGGAUUAGAGGCUUAUAUAAUCAAUUCUGUCAUGGACACAAAUCAAAUUUCUGGAGCCUUAAACUCUAAUGACGGAAAGGAGAGAGGGCAAGUAUCAUCUACUCGUGUUAGGUAUGCCCUUGACAAGGGAGACAUGAAAUAUGUGUCAGAGCUGUUAGGUCGCAACCAUCGUCUUGUUUUAAUGAUGGAAGACCAAGAAAGGUUUACUAGUGAGAGAAAUAGGCUGUCAGCUCCAAAGUCUUGUUUGUUGAAUCUUGCACCCAAGGAAGGUCUUUAUGAGAAUUGUUCAGUUUUGAUUGACAAGAAUGAUAUGCCCUGCAGAGUAAUUGUUGAUACAACAGAUAUUCAUUUGGAAUUCUAUGAGGUAGCUAAUUUUUCCUGUGUUACUUCUCAAGACUUAAAGAUAUUAGGUAUUGAAUUUGGUAGUCCAGAGUUAGAUGGGGUUCAAAUUUUGUAAUUCAUUCCCUAUAAUUCGUUAGUGCAACCAUUUCUGAAUGUCCUUCAGUCUUUAAGUAUGAGUAUGAUUCUCUUUAAGCGA